GCUUUUUAUCCUUUUUUUUUUUUAUUUAUUUUUUAUUUUCGUAAUUGUGGAAAAACCUCGAACAUUUAUUUUUUGUAUCGGCUGUCAAGAUUAAAAUGCUUCUAAGUUAUUUUAUGAGUGACUGGUCAUCAUAUAUACGACUACUGCCAGGUCGAUUCCAUUACUUUGUGGAUCCGGCAUCACUGACUGACUCAGCGUCAGGGACAUAAGCAGAAGAGAAGUAAUAAUCAUUCAAAGGACAUGCGCUGGCAAGUAACAAAGAGCUGUCAAUUGGCCCGAUAAGCUAAAAAGAAAUGACAUGCUUAUUAGUUUUUCCCACGGAGUUACCCAGUUUAACUACUGUGCUAGCGAACGUUUUAUUUGGCAGCCAACUAAUAUCUUUUAUUUUCUGGGGAACCAACUCAACGUUUGGAGGGACAACAUGGAACGAAUUGUUACAUAUUAUCGACCCGUGAGAAGAAAGAGGACGUGAUGAAAUCCUUUUACUUGCCUGUAAGGGAGGCACUAUUCUGUACAACUGCCAAAUCCAAUUAAAAUAAGAACAGAAGCAGCUAAUUGAAAACAAUACAUGUUUGAAAGAUACACAUGGGGUUUCUCCUGCAAACCGAAAUGUAGCAAAAGCAUGUCAAUACUGAGUCUCACAUUUUUGUGGGAGAAUUGACGGGAUGGAGUAAUUAAGUCCUUUUAAACUAUCCCUUAAUUUGGUGAUUUUUUUCCCCCCUCAUUGAUUUCAUAUUUAUUUCUGUUAUAAAAUUUCUAUGAAUUCUUCGUAAUGGCUUCAGUAGGAAUCGAAGACACCAGCACUGACUUACCAAAAGAUCCUCCAGAGUAUAACUUGGAGGAACAGGAUGUCAAAGAACCAUGUAGUAACUUCAAGUCCAAAAGUUUACCUGUUCUAAAUGGAUGCUAUAGGCAAGGCAGUGGGGAAUCGAUACCAAAAUUAAUAAACACUACAGAGUCAUCCCUAAACCUAGACCAGAGCAGUUUGUUCAGUGUAAUGCAAGGGAAAGCCGAUUCUGUGGGAAAUGGGUUCUCACCCUCCAAAUUCAGUAUUUCAGGGGUAAGCAAUGCUGCAAGGACUGACUGUAACAAUGUGAAAAGCAAAAGCACUGGGUUUUCACCUUUGCAGAUGAUCAGUUUUCCAGGUAAAAAGUAUUUCAGUGUGAUUCUUUCAGAUUCCCGUUGUUUCUUGACUUGUAUGUCCUUUUUGACCUUUAUCCAGUCCCUGAUGGUGUCUGGCUACCUAAGCAGUGUGAUUACCACCAUUGAGAAGCGGUACAGUUUAAGGAGCUCCGAAUCAGGGCUGUUGGUAAGCUGCUUUGACAUUGGCAGUCUGUUGGUGGUAGUCUUCAUCAGUUAUUUUGGAGGCCAAGGACGAAGGCCACGCUGGCUGGCUGUGGGGGGAGUGUUUAUCUCCGUUGGAGCUGCCAUGUUCUCCUUACCUCAUUUCAUCUCCCCACCCUAUCAAAUUCAGGAGAUGAACUCCUCCACUAACAACGAGGGCUUGUGCCUGAACUUUAAUGGGACUGGCAAGGACCCAAUGGAGACGCCAGCCUGUCCUAGGGUGCAGGCUGGAAAUGACCACUCUCUGUAUGUGGCUCUCUUCAUCUGUGCCCAGAUCCUUAUCGGAAUGGGAUCAACCCCCAUCUACACCCUCGGCCCAACCUACCUUGAUGACAACGUCAAGAAAGAAAAUGCAUCAUUGUAUUUAGCCAUCAUGUAUGUGAUGGGGGCUCUGGGUCCUGCCGUGGGUUACCUGCUCGGUGGGGUUCUGAUCGGGUUCUACGUAGAUCCCAAAACCAGUGUGAACAUUGACCAGAGUGAUCCUCGCUUUGUUGGCAACUGGUGGAGUGGCUUUCUCCUUUGUUCUAUCGCCAUGCUGCUUGUGAUAUUCCCCAUGUUCACAUUCCCCAAGAAGCUCCCAGCCCGUCAAAAGAAGAAGAAGAAAAACCAUGACAUCAUGAAGGAGAAAUCCAGCAAGAGGCAAGCGGUCACCUCUUCCUUGGGAUUCGGAAAGGACAUUAAAGACAUACCCAGAGCAGCUGUCAGGAUCUUAAGCAAUAUGACAUUCCUGUUUGUGAGCUUGUCAUACACAGCUGAGAGUGCCAUCGUCACUGCCUUUAUUACCUUCAUCCCCAAGUUCAUCGAGUCUCAGUUUGGCAUCCCAGCAUCCAAUGCAAGCAUAUACACGGGGGUGAUUAUAGUGCCCAGUGCUGGAGUAGGCAUUGUCCUUGGAGGCUACAUUAUCAAAAAGCUGAAACUGGGUGCUAGAGAGUCUGCUAAGCUGGCUAUGAUCUGCAGUGGCGUGUCUUUGCUGUGCUUUUCCACACUCUUCAUCGUUGGUUGUGAAAGCAUUAACCUCGGAGGCAUCAAUAUACCUUAUACCACAGGUCCCACUCUCACCAUGGAACACAGGAAUCUGACGGGUAGCUGCAAUGUGAACUGCGGAUGUAAAAUCCACGAGUAUGCGCCUGUCUGUGGAUCAGACGGCAUCACCUACUUCAACCCCUGUCUGGCUGGCUGCACCAGAGUGGGGAACGAUAGCACAGGAAUAAGGAACUACACAGACUGUGCUUGUGUGCAGAGUAAGCAGGUGAUCACACCACCUACAGAUGGGCAGAGGAGCCAGCUCCAAUUAGUUAUAGUGAAAACCUAUCUGAACGAGAAUGGCUAUGCUGUAUCUGGCAAGUGCGACCGCACCUGCAGUACCCUGAUACCUUUCCUCAUAUUUCUGUUCAUCGUCACCCUCAUUACUGCCUGUGCACAGCCUUCAGCAAUCAUUGUAACACUCAGGUCAGUAGAUGAACGAGAGAGACCUUUUGCUCUAGGAAUGCAGUUUGUUCUUCUACGAACUCUAGCCUACAUUCCUACCCCGAUCUAUUUCGGCACGGUCAUCGACACGACCUGCAUGCUCUGGCAACAGGACUGCGGGGUACAGGGCUCCUGCUGGGAAUAUGACAUCACUUCCUUGCGCUUUGUCUACUUCGGGCUGGCAGCCAGCCUCAAGUUUGUGGCCUUCAUCUUCAUCUUCUUGACGUGGUACUCCAUUAAAUACAAAGAAGACAGACUCCAGAGAUGGAUACAGAGAGCCUCGCCGAUUAGCACACUCAGUGAGAUAGUCGAAAAUGCAGGGGCCCAGCAAAGCUAUGCACGGACUCGAUCCUGUCCUGCCUUCAGCAGGGCUGAACAUACUGAAGAAAUGACACUGAACACAGGGCGUGGCAGCCAGAGGCGCCCUGGCCAUUCACUGGAAGCAAUAAACACCCCUGAAAAUGCACUGGAAGAAGACACUGCUGAGAUCUAACACAAAUCUCUGUUGCUUCACCAGCCGUUGUGAAGUUCAGUUUUUCUGUUUUUUAAGUUUACUAUGGCUCCCACGAAAUAUUUCCAGGUAGAAAACCUGUGCCUUCCUUUUUCUUAUUUCAUUUAGACAAGUUGUAAGCUGGUCUUUUUUUAAGCAGCCGCACACUGAUACUCAACACAGAUUGAGGGCUGGUUACCUCAAAGUGACAACCAGAGAAUUUGUAGCUUUAUUUGCUCUUGAAUGAAAAUUAGGUUAAGGUAAGAAAAAUUAAAAAAAAAAACUUAGAAAAGCUAAGCUAAGUAUGUUGUGCGUAUCAAUAAACACCUAUAAUAGAAUACAUUUUUAAUUGAAACAUAUUUAGGAUUAACAACAUAUGGUGCUGUAUGGAUGAAAUAGACAGGUUACAGAUUUGUAUUUAUUUAUUUAUUCUGCCAUAGUUUUAGCACAUUCAGAAGUUAUCCAAUAUAUUGGGCUAUGCUGGUUGAGGAAUAAAAAGCUGCUAAACAAGCACAAAUGGAAUAACAUGCUUUGCAAGCUCUUGCGUUUGAAAACUAGUGUAUAUCAAAGGUAGUAACAAAGUAGUACAGCUCAUUUAAGAAUGUUAAUAGAAAAAGCUUGUAUCUGUAACAUACACAUUUUAAAUAUUAUACCACAUAAAGGUGUUGUGUGUUUUUUCUUUUUUUUUUAUUUCUAAUGAAUAUUUUAGUAUGUUUAUAUAUUUUAAAAACAUUUUGCUAGUCCUCCAGUGCAACAUCCAUUCACAUCUGGGAGUGUUUCAGUAAUUUGGCAAGACUGAUGCUUUCAUUCAGGGGACUAAACCAUACCUGUUUACUCAAUGUGGGCAUGCAUUGUAAAACACUGCCUCAUCCUCUAUGCUACAGGAAAUAGAACACCAGUCUGAGAUACAAUUGGGCCAGGGAUCUUAAAAGUAUACUGCAUUGGUAUCCAUCUCAGUCAGGAAAUGUACAGUACUGUAUCCAGAAAGCAUGUAGGAUAUUGGUGUGAUAAACCACCAAUGGCAGAGUGGAAGUUGCUUGUUCCAAAACAAAGAAAGGUAAAUAUAGUAUGCAGCUGUUUUCUUUCCUUCUUAUCUAGAUGUUUCUUCACUGUGCACUGCUGUGGAUAAGAGAACAGUAUGGUAAUGCUGUGCAAGCCUUUAUAAAUUGCUGCUUUAUACUGUACAUGAGGUGAUCCCUUUCAAAGUUCAUUGUGAAGCCCUAACUGUACCAAUAAUAUAUUUUUAAGAUUGCUCUUUUAUAUUGUUUACACACUAUUAUCUUAGAACAGUAUUUCUUUUUAACAAUAGUUAAAACUAUAAGCAGCAGCUCCGGCAACUAGUCAACAUAGUAGUCUACAAAAUACAGAGCACAAGUAGUUAAUAGUAAUAGACUAUUUAGCAGGGUCUUUUUAGAUUUUCAGAUUAUUACACUAAAUGUUAUCAAGGUACACCAAUCUUUUUUUUCAUUGUCAAGCUAAUAAAUUGCUUUAUCACUACA